UAAAAUAUUAUGACAACAUCCAUUGUUACAUUAUCAGAGCUUUUAGAAGCUAGGGUUCAUCUAGGUCAUAGGUUUAAUAAAUGGAACCCUAAAAUGGUAAGCUUUAUUUAUGCAGAGCGGAAUAAAAUUCAUAUCAUAGAUUUAGUCCAAACAGCAUUUUUCUUAGGCUCAGCAUGUGAUUAUGUAAAAAUUUUAGCAAAACAAGGAAAGCAAUUUUUAUUUGUUGGAACAAGACAAGAAUUAAAUACAAUUCUUGCUGAAGAAGCACAAAGAUGUAACUCCUUUUAUAUAAAUCAAAGAUGGUUAGGAGGAUUACUAACUAAUUGGGUCACAAUAAAAAGUAGAGUACAAGCUUUAGAAGACCUAGAAAAAAAAGAAGAAGAAGGCUUUUUUAAGAGUUUACCUAAAAAAGAGUCGUCACGCUUAAAGAAAGAAUUAGAUAAACUACUAAUUAUUACAGAUCAGAGAAAAGAUUUAACUGCUGUACAAGAAUGUAACAAACUUAAUAUUCCUACUAUUUGCAUUGUAGAUACGAAUUGUAAUCCAGAUAUAGUUGAUUUGCCUAUCCCAGCUAAUGAUGAUGCUAUUUGUUCAGUUAGAUUAAUAGUAGGUAAACUAGUUGAUUUUAUUAAAGAAGGUCAGAAAGAAAGAGAAUUAAGUAAAAAUAGUUAACAUUUUCUAUUAACAGUAUAUAAAAAAGGAAAAUAAAAUGUUAGAAAUUUCU